AUGCCAAUAAUGGCCCCUGGGCCGGAUAAGCUCAAGGCGAGACGCACCAAUACACGAAGCCGGACAGGGUGCGUAUCAUGCCGCCAAAAGCACAUUCGAUGCGAUGAGAGGCGCCCAUCUUGCUUCAAUUGUACACUCAAAGAGCAGUUGUGUUCGUAUGUGCCGAAGAUUCCGCUCCGCGAACGUAGAGCUGGCCCUUGCCCUGGUCAACAAGCACCGUGGGCCGUUGAGGAUACACGGCCUGUCACACACCACUCUCAUAGCGACAAGGAGAUUGCCGUAUCAUCAGAGGUGCCAUCUAUCCAAGUGCUCACAAUACCGAGUCCGGUUUAUGUAACUCCGUGGGAAGCCUUUGAUCCCUUCGACACUUUGCCCAUCAACAUGCCUCUCAGGUCGAAGGAACUUCUCCACUACUUCUGCUACCCGGAACUCCGGAUGAUUGAUGUCCUGCAAAACACGAUAUUGUUAUCCGGUCUUCACUACGCAUGGAAUCAAGGCGAUCUCUCUUCAUUUGAAUCCACUUUUGUCUCCCAAAAGAUCCAGAGCAUACGCCAGGUCAACUCUUGGCUUGUCGCAACGCCACACGAACGAGAUAUCGUGCGGUGCGCAAAGUACAUCAGAAAUUUGGCUAUUGCCGAAUCUCACCUUAAAGGCCUCAUGACUUACCUGGAUUCUCAGCGAGCGGAAACCCCCGGUCAGCACAUAAUUGAUGACAUUCAAGUUGAGCAGAUGAAUCGCUAUCUUAUUCUAGAUUACAACGUCGUCCACUGCUUGAAGAGCCGCUCAGAUGACACCCUUGCUACCUACGCAUCAUCUCAAGGCAAAAAGCCACACUCACAUCCUAGAGGGUUGGCCAACUUGAAACAUGGAUGGCCUAACCACGAGGCUAGUGAUCUGGAUCUUCGCCUCAGGGCUCUCCGAAUGGUACCUUUCUUUUUCGGCUCUGUGCCACAAGGUAGCAAGCCAAAGAACAUUGAUAUGUACCCGACUAUUACAGCUCUUCGUAAUAUUACCAAGCUCGCAGACACAAGACAUGCGCAAGCAUCUGCUGACGUAGUUCUCACCACGCCCUGGAAGGGUUGGGAUAGUGGUGGCUCAUCCGACCUACUGUUCGCAGUCAUCAGCGCCCAUCAUUCAUCAUUGGCCGACAAGAUUCAACUCCCAUCUCGUGGAAAGCAAACCUUUAUAUCGUCGUGGUCUGGAUUUUGUGUGGGCGUCGGCAUGUAUCUGAUUGCCGCUCUUGGGAUCUGGAAUCAGGGUCUACCAAUGGAGAAGCAACUGCACUACCAUAUACUCCGGAUUCUUACACAAGAUUUGCGAAACGACUUAGUCAAUCUCCAAAGUAUGAGCCGAGAGACACGCGACACGUGGCUCUGGAAAGCAUUUGUCGGUUCAUUAAGUGUGGUUCAUGCCCAGCUAUUAUUCUGCGACAAGCGCCUCGAUUCCAUCCUGGAAGAAUUGGCCAGCUUCGUUCGGAAUUGGGCCAAGAUCACAGGCGUUGUUGCAUGGUCUGAAGCCAGGGAAAUGUUGAGCCGCGUUGUGUGGCCAGUCAGCUUAGAUCGCGAGGAUAGGUUUAAGUCAUUGUGGGCAAGGCUAAUCUAG